GAAACAGCUGCGAAAAGUGUGGUGCGUGGAACUGGAUAAGCUGGCGGGCAGAGCGGACCCGGAGUCUCUGCAUAUACAGGGAGCCAGCGGGGAACACAAACCUGGCAACCAUCUCACCACCCGGGGUAACGAGGCUGAUGACACAGCGAGGAUUCAGGGCACUUGCCGUGACAUGGAUAAUAAAGAAACACUUAAGGGGUUACAGAAAAUGGAUGAUCGCCCGGAGGAGCACAUGAUCAGGGAAAAACUCAAGGCGACAUGUAUGCCAGCCUGGAAACAUGAAUGGCUGGAGCGAAGGAGCAGGCGAGGCCCUGUGGUUGUGAAACCCAUUCCUGUGAAAGCAGACGGAUCCGAUCCCAUUAAGAUAGACACUGCUUCUGAAGGAGCAUUAAAUGGGCCAAUAAAUCUGCAAAAAGGAAGACGCAGUCCUUCUCCUAGCAGCUCUUCUUCAAGCUCAUCCAAAACAUCAAAGCCAGAAUCUCCUGGAGUGAGGAGAAGAGGAGUUUCUCCAGUCCCUUUUCAGAGUGGACGCAUUACACCACCUAGGAGAGCUCCUUCUCCAGAUGGCUUUUCACCAUACAGUCCUGAGGAAACUAGCCGAAGAGUCAAUAAAGUUAUGAGGGCAAGACUGUAUUUACUCCAGCAAAUUGGGCCCAACUCUUUCUUAAUUGGUGGUGACAGUCCAGAUAAUAAGUAUCGUGUUUUCAUUGGACCACAGACCUGCAGUUGUGGCAGAGGAACAUUCUGUAUCCAUCUUCUGUUUGUUAUGCUAAGAGUCUUCCAACUGGAACCAUCUGAUACAAUGCUGUGGAGAAAAACCCUGAAGAAUUUUGAGGUUGAAAGUUUGUUCCAGAAAUAUCACAGUAGACGUAGCUCAAGGAUCAAAGCUCCAUCUCGUAACACCAUCCAGAAGUUUGUAUCACGCAUGUCAAAUUCUCAUACAUUGUCUUCAUCAACCACCUCUACAUCUAGUUCAGAUACCAGUAGCAUGAAGGAUGAAGAGGAGCAAAUGUGCCCCAUCUGCUUGUUGGGUAUGCUGGAUGAGGAAAGUCUGACAGUUUGUGAGGAGGGCUGCAGGAACAAGUUACACCAUCACUGCAUGUCAAUCUGGGCAGAAGAGUGCAGAAGAAACAGGGAAACGCUAAUCUGCCCACUUUGUCGAUCAAAGUGGAGGUCUCAGGAUUUCUACAGCCUUGACCUGCCAACACCUGUGGACUCUCCGCCCCCUGUUUUGCGCUCUGUUCAGCAGCAGUCUGCACCUACUACACCUGGCACCCAAAGGAGGGCACAGGACACCAACCUAAACCUCACACAUUAUGGGGUCCAGAAUAUUCCUUCUGCCUACAAGAGCAUGGCAGAGCCGUGGAUUCAGGUUUUUGGGAUGGAACUGGUUAGCUGUUUGUUUUCUCGCAACUGGAAUAUCAGGGAAAUGGCUCUUAGGCGUCUUUCCCAUGAUGUCAGUGGGGCCCUGCUGUUGGCAAAUGGUGAAAGCACUGGAAAUUCAGGCAGUGGCAGUGCCCCUAGUAGCUCUGCCCAACACACUGCCAGUAGCUCAUCUCAGUCAAGUAUCUCAGGUGAUGAUGUUGUUGAGGCCUGCUGCAGUGUGCUGUCCAUGGUGUGCGCUGACCCAGUCUACAAAGUAUAUGUAGCUGCUUUAAAAACUUUAAGAGCCAUGCUGGUGUAUACUCCUUGCCAUACACUAGCUGAGAGGAAAAAGCUGCAACAACUUCUCAAUCCAGUUGUAGAAACCAUCUUGGUGAAAUGUGCAGAUGCCAAUAGCCGGACAAGUCAGCUUUCAGUAUCAACUUUACUGGAACUGUGCAAAGGACAAGCUGGGGAGUUAGCAGUUGGAAGAGAGAUACUCAAAUCUGGGUCCAUUGGAAUUGGCGGUGUGGAUUAUGUAUUGAACUGUAUACUAGCAACCCAAGCAGAAGCGAGUAACUGGCAAACAUUACUUGGUCGUCUGUGUCUUAUUGACAGACUUUUGCUGGAAUUUCCUGCUGAAUUUUAUCCGCAUAUUGUCAGUGGAGAUGUUUUCCAGGCUGAUACAGCAAUAGAGAGGUAUAAGAACCUGCUGUCUCUCUUGAAUUUUGCAUUGCAGUCUAUUGACAAUUCUCAUUCGAUGGUCGGGAAAUUAUCACGGAGAGUAUUUUUAAGUGCUGCAAGAAUGGUUGCAAGAGUUCCUCACGUGUUUGUCAAGCUACUGGAUAUGCUGAGUGUGACGAGCUCAACACAUUACACUCGUAUGAGACGGCGCUUAAUGGCUAUUGCUGAAGAAAUGGAUAUUGUUGAAAUUAUUCAGCAGGGUCUGGAAGAUUCCCAAGUAUUAGAAAGCCGUAGGGAAGCUUUUGUACCACCUCUUGCACCUGCUAAUUCUCCAGUGGCUUCACAAACUACUUCCCCAGAAGCUACUGUGCAGCUAUCUGGCAAAGUUGGAAAGGAAAUAUGUGGUCCAAAAUUGUCUUCUAACCCAGAGGACUUAAAUGAGGCACUGGAAGUUAUGGCCUUAGGACUUCCAUUGUCUUCUGUAGCAAAUGAGCAACCAAAGCCCACCAUUCAUACAAAACGAAGACCAGUCAGUCAGUGCUUGAACUCUCCGUCUUCUGUACACCCCCAUUCCCCUUUUCCAACAUUGCCUUCUCCCUCUUCUACUCCUGUGCCAGCUGGUCCUGUCGCAGAUGUCACAAAGCCACGACCUCAGGGAUUUGCUCCCUGCAAACUGUCUUCAGCUUCCCCUCAAACACAAAGAAAAUUUUCUCUACAGAUGCAAAAGCACUAUUCAGGAAGUAAGGAGCCAGAAAAACUUUCCCCUGUGUUUACCCAAGCAAGGCCAUUGCCUUCCCCUCACAUACAUAGGCCAAAGCCAUCUCGACCUACUCCAGGAGACAAACUUGGAGAGGCUACAAAAAGCAAUAUGACUCUGGACCUUUCACAUUGUGAUAACCGUGAAAAUAAUGCUGUAAUACCAAGUGAGGAAACAGUUUUUACGCCUGUAGAUGAAAAGUGCCGUCUGGACGCUAAUACAGAGCUAAAUUCCAGCAUGGAAGAUUUGCUGGAAACUACAAUGCCUGCAAGCGAUAGCACGGUCACUUUCAAAUCUGAAGUUGCUGUUCUUUCUCCUGAGCGAGCUGAGGUUGAUGACACUUACAAAGACGAUGUUACUCAUAAUCAGAAGUGCAAGGAGAAAAUGGAAGCUGAAGAAGAGGAAGCGCUGUCUAUUGCCUUGGCAAUGUCUGCGUCACAGGAUGCUCUGCCAGUUAUACCCCAGCUGCAAGUGGAAAAUGGGGAAGACAUUAUAAUUAUUCAGCAGGAUACACCGGAGACCCUGCCUGGACAUACCAAAGCAAAAAAUCAUUACAGAGAGGAAAUUGAAUGGCUGAAAGGCCAGCAAAUUGGCUUAGGUGCAUUUUCUUCCUGCUAUCAAGCUCAGGAUGUUGGGACUGGAACUUUAAUGGCUGUUAAACAGGUUUGUUAUGUGCGGAAUACAUCAUCCGAACAAGGAGAAGUGGUUGAGGCUCUAAGAGAAGAGAUUCGAAUGAUGAAUCACUUAUCUCACCCUAAUAUUAUAAGAAUGUUAGGUGCUACUUGUGAAAAAAGCAACUACAAUCUGUUCGUUGAGUGGAUGGCAGGUGGUUCUGUUGCGCACUUGCUGAGUAAAUACGGAGCAUUUAAAGAAUCUGUUAUAAUCAACUAUAUUGAGCAGCUGCUGCGUGGCUUAUCAUACCUCCAUGAGAAUCAGAUAAUUCACAGAGAUAUAAAAGGUGCUAAUCUUUUGAUUGACAGCACUGGGCAAAGGCUACGAAUUGCUGAUUUUGGGGCUGCUGCAAGGUUAGCAUCGAAGGGCACUGGUGCAGGAGAAUUCCAGGGGCAGUUGCUGGGCACUAUUGCCUUUAUGGCACCAGAGGUGUUGAGAGGGCAGCAAUAUGGAAGAAGCUGUGAUGUGUGGAGUGUUGGUUGCAGCAUCAUAGAAAUGUCUUGUGCUAAACCUCCCUGGAAUGCUGAAAAGCAUUCAAACCAUCUUGCUCUCAUAUUUAAGAUUGCAAGUACAACUACAGCUCCAUCCAUCCCACCACACUUGUCUCCUGGUUUGCGAGAUGUGGCACUUCGGUGUUUGGAACUUCAGCCUCAGGACCGGCCACCAUCAAGGGAGCUACUGAAGCACCCAGUCUUUCGAACAAAGUGGUAGAAAUAUUGUACAGAAAGUUGAACUUAAAAUUGCUACUGAUAAAGAACUUGGAAGAUGCCUGAAAUACGGGAAACGUCUUGUUAUUUUCAGCCAUACGUAUACAUAUGUGAUGUGCAAAUUUCUCCCAUCCCAUACAUGUGAUGACAAUUUAUAAUCUUUAAAAUUCAAAGUAUUCAGAAGUAUAUUUUUAGCAGACAUAUACAAAAUAUUGUGCCUUCCCUCCUAUAAUACAAUUCUAUCCCCAGCUCUUUCUUUUAUAAGUGAUAGUUUGUCUCCCCUUUUCUUACGGUGUAAGAAAAGCCUUAGACACAAACAAAUACCAUUUUCAGUAGCAAAUUGUACACGUGAUAUGUGAAUAUGGUAGAGCGAUACAAGUCUUGUCUAAUUACUGUAUCCUUACACUAUAGUGUGGCAAUGACACGGCUCUGGAACUGGUGAUGUGAAAUUUGUAUACCAUUUUCUCGAAAGUGAAAUCAUAGCCAUAAAAAAGUUGAAGUCUGUAAAUACAUUAUACACAAUAUACUGUUGAUCACUGUUGCUCAACAUCACGGAUGUUGGCGCAUCAUUUUUUUUUAUAGUUACAUCAUUUCAUUUUUAAUCUAAAGUUCUUUUUUUAACAGUAGAUACUGUAAACUCAAUAUUAGGUUUAUCAGUAUCUACAUACUUUCACUUUGUUCUCAAUAUUUUAGCAGGUGAUUCUGCAGAGCAUGCACAAAGUUCAAUCAUUUUAUCAUUCUGAAAUCCGGGUGUUUUUUGUUGUUGUUGUUUUCUUAGUAUAUCCAAGCUGUAGACAUGUUCCAAACCAAAUCAAUUGUAUGUAACAAAAUUACAUGUCCAAUUGUCUUGUUUUUAUGAUUGAUCUGCUGUUUUCCUUCUGGUGUACAUCAUUAAUAUGAACAGGCUAGUAUGCAAUUUAAGCCUAAAAAAUUAAGUACUUGAAAUUAUGUAACCUGCUUUAGUGUUGAAGGAUCGGACUGUGCAUCAUCCAUAAUUGCAUUCCAGCCCUCCUCCGCACUAAAGAUAUAUUAGUCACCUGCAUGUGUUUUGCUAGUGAUAUUUUGUGUUACUUUGUACAUGUUCUAUUUAAAUGUUUUUGUUUUUAUUUUUUUUGCAUGUAGAACUGAAGGAAAAUGGCAGCUACUGCAUCGCUUUCUUAUCUUUUGGUAAAGGUUUUUUUUUUUUUUUUUAAUAUUUUUUUAAAAAAAAGAAAACAAAUUGGUUGUUUUAACUCUUUGGAAGCUGAUUGGAUUGUUACACUGUGAAAAAAAGAGCUAUUCUGAAACUCAGGAUUAAACUAAAUAAGCUAAAGUACAUUUAUGAAAAUGUACAAUGUGCAGAUUGGGGUAUUUUUUUUAAAUAAAAUACAUACAUAUAUUUAAGUGUUAAAUGUGAAAUACAAACUUUUUUAAAAAAAAUAAAAAAAUUGAACAUUCCCUUGUGUGACAGACUGGCAAGCUCCAAAGAGCUAAAGUAAACUAUUUCUAAAUGUGAAAAUUGGUAGCGCUAACUGUACUGUACUUGAUUCCAAUGCUAAGGCAGAAACUAUUCUCUUGAAGUCUUAAAACUCUCCUAUGUUGUUUUUAUCCGCUAAUGAUGCACUCUGUGAUUUUUAUAUACUGGAAGAUUGGUCAUUGCAUUGAUGCUUUUCUUUGGCAAAAAUGAACCUCAGCUAAUCAGUGUUACUUUUUUAGACUUCUGUCUGUCCUUAUAUUUUCACUUCCCAUCUAAUCAUUUUAUUAUUUUUUUUGCUUGUUUCCUUCAGCUUGCUGGUAAAUUGUGGUGUUUAUUUUUUAUGCAGGUUGUGAUGUAAUCUUAUUUCUUUGGAUCAAAGCUGGACUGAAAAUUAUAUUGUAUAAUUGUUGUGAUCUUAAUAUUAUUUUUGGUACUUCUUAAGUUGUAAAUAACUCCUACUGCUGUUUUAUUCCAGUCUCUACUACCUCAGGUGUCCUAUAGAUAUUCUUCUACCAAAGUUCACACACAAAUGAGACUAUAUUUGCUGUAUUACUAUUGAUUCCUAAGACUUCCAGGGCUCAAGGGCUAAAAUAUCUCUUAGCACCUUACUGUGCAAGCAAAUGUUUCAGAAUUCUCUGGGUUAAGAUAAUUUGGCUUAAAUAUAUCCUUUGUUAUUUUAAAUAUAUCAAGAUAUUUUAAUUAUUAAAGGUUUUUAACCCUUGAACCGAUUUUAUAGUAUCAUUUGUACCUAUUUUUGUUGUUUUGUCUUUAAGGUAAAUAAAAGUUUUUGAACAAA